CCUAAAAUCCACAAUUAAAAAGGUAAGAUGCAUAUAUGGCAUGGCAUUAAUCAUUUUAAUUUGAAAAUAUUUGUGUUGGGAUGACCUGUCUCCCACACACAUCCUGCAAUUUGCCACGCCGCACGUGCACAUACACCCUAUUUAUUAAUCAAUUUGUAUUCACAUAAUUGCGUAUCUAGGAGUUGGACAUAACAAACACACAGUACGGGGCGCUGCAGUCGACGGUUUCGGCAGUUAACACCAUCCUACCCGUUCUUGGAGGCCUGUUUAUCGACUCGUUCGGCACGACAUCGGGGUCGCUGAUCGCCACGUUCCUGAUCAUGCUGGGCAAUCUGAUCAUAUCAAUAUCCACGCACUCGCGGUCAUUCUCGACCAUGGUCGCUGGCCGCAUACUCUACGGACUGGGCUCGGGAACAAUCACCGUCGUGCAGGAGACCAUUUUAGGCAGCUGGUUCAAGGGCAAGGGCCUGGCAUUAACCAUCGCAAUACAGAUAACCACGUCGCGCAUCGCAUCCUUUCUGUCGAUGGGCACAGCCAUUCCGAUUGCCGACCGCUUUGGAUUCUACGGCGCGGCCUUUUGGGCUAACUUCCUAGUGUGUGCGCUUUCGUUUGCCAUCAAUAUUGUCUACAUGAUGGCAAUGCGGCGGAUUCGGAAGGACACGCCCGAUAAUAUGCUCAACAGACUGCGCACCAAGCACCGGUUCAACCCGCGCUUGAUCCUGUUUUUCUUUGGCAUCUACUGGAUGUUCAUAGUCGAGUCUUUCACUCUUGGAGGCGGCUGGAACAGCUUUUUGCACAUCAACAGCGAGCUCAUUAAGCUGCGCUUUGGGGUCAAUGAUGCUGUGGCCGCGUGGUCAGCGAGCGUCUCGCAGAUCAUGCCCAUCUUUUUGGUGCCGUUCCUUGGCUGGUUCUUCGACACGUACGGGCUGCGCACAGAUAUGCUGAUGGUAUCUUCGGUGCUAUUUACAGUAUCGAUGGUACUGCUGGGCUUCACCAUGGUGACGCCGAUUAUCGGUCUUGUUAUAUUCUCGAUAUCGCUGGCACUGGGACCGCUGGCUGAGAUCACCGCCAUUUCGCUCAUUCUUCCCAGCAGCUCACUCGGCACCGGCUUGGGCAUAUACAAGUCAUCCAUGAGCAUCGGGUCGACAAUCGUGGACAUUGUCAUCGGCGUGCUGCAGGACCGCGGGUCGCGGCUGAUUGAGGAUUCCAAGCACAGCUACAGCUACGUCAUGGCGUUCUUCGUCCUGUGGGGUAUUCUGUCGACCUUUGUCGCGUCAUCCAUCUUUUUCACCGAUCGGUUCAAGUGGAACAGCCUGCUUCGCUGUAAUGCUGAGGAAAGGGUGGAUACCUACCACGCGGUCAAGGAAAAGAUCAACCGCCCCAUGCUGUAUGUUAUGUCGCCGAAUUGGCGCGAGUACGUAUCGAAGUGGAACUACGUGCCAUUAGUCGUGCUCUCUGCAUUGCUGGUCACCAGCCUAGCCUUGUUUGCCAGCAAGUUGGCUUGAGCCAACCUGCAUACACACACACUCAAAUGCGCAUUUAAUAUGCCAUACCAAGUCUACAUGUUCAUCAACAUUUCAUUUUUAACUGCCUUGCAUGUAUUUUUAU